AUGACCAUAUCGGAACAAACCAGACGCACCAUAGGAGAAACUACAAGAGAUCCUUCAACGAAGUAUCCUAUACAAUUUUAUAAAGAUUCACAGCCCCAACCCACCCUGAAUCCCUCAAUUGUAUCAUAUCCUUAUGGCUACAGACUAAAUAGUACUAAAGGUUACGCGAUUGAUCGAAUAAAAAUCCAAUCAUUGACUAUUGAGAUUUAA